CAUGUUUCGCUAUUGUUUAAUUUCAACACUAUUUAUAUUUGUAUCUAGACAUUAAGGCAAGUAUUUUCAACCACCAAAAUGCAACAAAGUUAUCACAAAUUCACUUCUCUAACCAAAAUAGAUGAAGGAUUGUUUCACAAAAACACCUUGGUUUUCAAUGUGGAAGACACUUUACUAAAAUCAUCUUCAUUGUUCCCUUACUUCAUGUUGGUGGCUUUCGAAGGAGGAGGGCCAUUAAGAGCCCUAAUCUUGCUCUUCAUGUACCCAUUUUUGUGCAUCUUGGGAGAAAAAAUGAGAUUAAAAAUCAUGAUUUUUAUUAGCUUUUUUGGUGUAAAAAAACAAAAUUUUCGAAUAGGAAGAAGUGUUUUGCCAAAGUUCUUCUUGGAAAAUGUUGGUUGUGAAAGCCUUGAAGUGGUGAUGAGGUUUAGUAAGAAAAUGGGAGUGACCAAUUUGCCUAAGAUUAUGGUUGAAGAUUUUCUCAUGAAUUAUUUGGGUGUUGAAGAUAUUUAUGGGCCAGAAAUUCGAGUUUUUGGUGGUUAUUACAUUGGUUUGUUGGAUAAUUCGGGAAAAGAAAUUAUCUUUGCUCAUAUGAUGUCUCAACAAAGUCAAUAUGUAGGGAUUUGUAGCAUCAACAACUCUUUCAAGACUUGCCCCUUCACCUAUAUCAAGGAUAUCUAUUUGGUAUUCAAGGAUGAUAAGAAGAGUUGGAACAAUCUUCCAAGAGAAAAGUACCCAAAACCCUUGAUAUUCCACGAUGGUAGACUAACAUUUAUGCCCACACCACUAAACACCCUAACCAUGUUUUUGUGGCUACCAUUUGGGAUUAUCCUUAGCAUCACAAGAGUACUCUUUGUAAUUCUCUUACCUUACCAAAUAUCCACACCCGCCUUAGCGUUCAUAGGACUAAAAUUAUCUUAUUCUCCUUCUAAAAACAACCAUAUGCAUAUUAUUAGUAAACCUAAAAAUUCAAAAGGGGUGAUCUACGUAUGCAAUCAUAAAACGUUACUGGAUGCAGUAUACGUCUCAUACAUUUGUAGGACGAAUCUAACAACACUUUCCUACGGGAUAAGCAAAUUGUCCAAAUUCCUAUGUCCAACCGAUACAAUUGCCUUAACAAGAGACAGGGAGAAAGAUGCUACGAUCUUGUACAAGGUAUUAAGCCAAGGGAGAAACGUUAUUUUGUCCCCUGAAGGGACUACGUGUAGGGAGCCUUAUAUAUUACGGUUUAGCCCCUUAUUUGCUGAGCUAAGUGAUGACGUCAUUCCGGUUGCUAUUGAACCAAAUGUUAGCAUGUUUUAUGGGACAACCGCAAGUGGGAUUAAAGCCUUUGAUCCUUUCUUCUUCUUGAUGAAUCCAUCGCCUUCCUAUUAUGGGAAAUUCCUUGAGAAAUUGCCUAAGGAAUGGAGUUGUGGUAUUGGUGGAAAAACAAAAUUUGAAGUGGCUAAUUAUGUUCAAAAUGAGAUAGGUAACGCAUUAGGUUAUACGUGUACUAGUUUGACAAGGAAAGAUAAGUAUAUGAUGUUGGCUGGUACUAAUGGAUUUGUUAAUUAGAACACGUUACGUUGUUUGGUUGUAGUAACUAGUAAGUUGUGAUAUGGAAAAAUGUGGUGCCAAAAAGAGUUGAGGUCUUCUUGUAAAGGGUACUCACUAUAAGAAAUCACCAAUUUUCCGACCGCUAAAAUUAGUCGGAAAAAAGCUGAAAAUAGUCGCUAAAAACGUUUGCGACUGAAAGUAGUCGGUAAUCGUAUCAUUAAAUACGCAAAGACAAUACUUGUGAUUAUGGUCGUUUUUUUUGUCUUUUAACACGUAUGCUUUGCAAGGAAUUAUGUUUAUUGAUCUAUUCUCAAAA